CAAACCAACUCCAACCCAACAACUUAUCAUCCAAAAAUAAUCAUCCUGGUUCAUUAAGGCUCAACUUCCAGUCCCAGAGUGUUUGUUUAUUGAGAGAAAAACCAUAAAUUGUAACAGAGACAGCUUCUCCUAGAAAUAUAUCAGACAACUCAUUUAAGACCGACUCACACACCCUCCUACUCCUACUCCUCCCUCCGCCUCAGCUGUCUAUAUUCACAUGCACCUAUAACCCCAUUAAUUUGGACACACCCUUUUCCUUGUUUCUCUUCUUCUUCUUCCAAUUUUCCCACCUUUUCUUCACUUUCUGGGUACUGUUUUUGUGUGGUCUUUCAUGAUUUGGGAGUCCCUGCAAUGAGAUACAUAAGGUCUGGCAGCUUCAAGAGGCUCUUCUCGGCUAAGAGGCGCAGUUUUGAGGAGGAAAGCCAGACCCCAGGUGGCUGUGCUCAUGAUGACGGCAAUGAGGCCUUCGGGGUUGGUGGGAAUGAAACAAAGCACCCUCAGAAACCCACCUGGAAAUGCUUCUCCUAUGAGGAGAUUUUUCAUGCCACCAGUGGGUUCAGCACAGAUAAUAUGGUUGGAAAAGGAGGGUAUGCUGAGGUGUACAGAGGAACCCUGGAAGAUGGUGAGGCUGUUGCUGUGAAAAGGCUGACAAAAGCUUCCACUGAUGAGAGAAAAGAGAAGGAGUUUCUCACAGAGAUAGGAACAAUCGGUCAUGUAUGCCAUCCGAAUGUCUCCUCACUCUUGGGUUGUUGUAUAGACAAUGGGCUCUAUCUCAUCUUCCAGUUCUUUUCAAGAGGCUCUGUUUCUUCUGUUCUUCAUGAUGAGAAUUCUCUGUCAUUGGAUUGGAAAAUAAGGUAUAAGAUUGCAGUUGGGACAGCCCGGGGCCUCCAUUAUCUGCAUAAAGGCUGCCAGAGGAGGAUAAUUCACCGAGACAUCAAGGCCUCCAACGUUCUAUUGACUGCAGAUUAUGAGCCACAGAUAUCGGAUUUCGGGUUAGCGAAAUGGCUUCCAUCGCAAUGGACUCAUCAUUCAAUUGUUCCAAUAGAAGGAACAUUUGGCCAUUUAGCACCCGAAUACUUCAUGCAUGGGAUUGUUGAUGAGAAGACCGAUGUCUUUGCCUUUGGAGUCUUCCUCCUGGAGAUCAUUUCUGGCCGAAAACCGGUUGAUGGGUCUCACCAAAGCUUGCAUAGCUGGGCCAGACCUAUCCUAAACCAAGGGGAAAUUGAGAAGGUUGUGGACCCAAGGCUUGGAGGGAUCUAUGAUGUUGCCCAGCUGAAGCGACUCGCCUUUGCGUCGUCUCUUUGCAUUAGGUCAUCAUCCAUCUGGCGCCCGACCAUGAGUGAGGUAUUGGAGGCGAUGCUGGGAGGGGAGAUUGACGAAGAGAGGUGGAAGAUGCCUGAGGAAGAAGAAGAGCAGGAAGAGUUCUGGGGUUUUGAUGAUCUUGAAUGUGAAAGUGACACUUCCUUCUCAACAUCCCCACAUGACUCAAUCUCAACCCGAAGUAUUUCUUAAAGAUGAUUUGGUGAAUUAGGCGCUUGAGGCUGCUUGAUAAUCUCUGUUUUUUUUUUUAAUCGAAAUAUAUAUGUAUGUACGUAUGUAUAUAUAUGUAAACUUGGCAGGCAUACAUAUAAACGAAUAUAGAAACAGCUGUUGUAGCACCCCCACUGGCUUCCAAUCAGUGCCUCUAUAAGAGAAAAUUUUGUGGAUGUGAUUAGACUUCA